CAGUUGACGAACUUGAACCGUCCCACUUGUGAGUUUUCUGUGAUUAUUUUUGUUUGGUUUGGAGCUCAAGCUGUUUAUGCGCUUGUGUCAUAUGCUGGGCCGCGCUGGUUAUAUUUUUAUUUUUCUCGCGAUGGUGCUGAGCAUAUUAGCCUCAAGGUCUAGCAAAUUCUGCUGGUUUCAAGCCAUCCUUGUUCUAUCGGGGAUGGCUUGGCUUUAUGCUCUUAGAAUGAAGGAUAAAUGGAAGAGAAUAUUUGAAUUGGAAGGCAAGGUAGUGGUGCUGACGGGCGCCAGCUCGGGCCUGGGCGAGGCGCUGGCCCACCGACUGUACGCGGCUGGCUGCCGGCUGAUCCUGCUCUCCCGCCGUGUGGACCAGCUGGAGAGGGUCAAACAGGAGGUCAUGAUGGCACACAGGAGGGCCACCGUGUACCCGCCUGUGGUACUGGAACUGGACCUGGCACAAACCCAGUCAGCGCAGCAGGCGGCGCGGGCGGCUCUGGCCGUGUUCGGACAUGUGGACAUUCUCAUCAGUAACGCCGGAAUCAGCUACAGAGGCGAGGCGUCCGAGACGACGCCGUCGGUGGACGCCCAGCUGAUGCAGGUCAACUACCUGGGUCAGCUGGCAGUGCUGAAGACGCUGCUACCCUCCAUGUUGGAGCGGCGCGCCGGUCACCUGCUCUGCGUCAGCUCCGUCCAGGGCCGCAUCGCCAUACCCUAUCGGUCGGCCUACGCCGCGUCCAAGCACGCCCUGCAGGCGUUCUGUGACUCAUUGCGGGCAGAGGUAGCCGACAGAGGCGUACUGGUGACCGUGGUAUCACCAUCCUACAUACGAACGGAACUCUCCAGGAACGCGGUCACCGCCACCGGCGACGCUUAUAACAAGCUGGACGCCACUACUGCGUCCGGUAUGAGUACCGACGAGGCCGCCGACCGUGUGUUGGACGCGCUGCUACACCACCGACCCGAAACCCUGAUAUCGCCGCUCAAAGACCGGCUGGCCGUCCUCCUCAGGCAUCUGGUGCCGAGCGUGUUCUUUUGGCUGAUGGAGAGGCGCGCCCGCGCCGGAACCGGUAGACCCGGUAGAUGAGGGUAGAGGAAGGUAGGGUGAGGGGUUAGGAUAGAAUCGGGGAGGGGGCGUUGGUGAGAUGGUUACAACGAGUGCGGGCCUGGGUACUAAGUUAUGAGACGAGCUUAGGAGUGGGAAGCGCGGGGAGAGAGAGAGAGAGAGAGAGAGAGAGAGAGAGAGAGAGAGAGAGAGAGAGAGAGAGAGAGAGAGAGAGAGAGAGAGAGAGAGAGAGAGAGAGAGAGAGAGAGAGAGAGCGCUGAUUUAAUGACCAUCAAGAGGAGCUCAAAUAUAUGAAAGGGUGGGGCUCAUGGGGGAGGUGUAGAAGGUAGGCAGAGGAAGGGAUGGCGCUCACGAUUCACGGGCUCGAGCCCUCAGACGUGUCCGAUGUUCAUAUAGGUAGCCCUCAGCUGCACGAUCGAUCGUCGCUGAAAUUGUUUACACACACACACGUAUUUGUGUGCUCGUGCGUUCGGUGCGUACACUUAUAGUGAAAGGGUCGGCUCAGUUAAAUACUCUAGUCGAAUGCUCGUCAUUUGUUACAUUUGGCCAUGGCGUAUGAAAUGGGCAGCUGUUAUCUGCUCAUUGUUAUUCCUUGUUAUGGGUAUUUAUUCUGUGAUUUACCUGGGUUUUCUGUUUAUAUACAGUUACGUAGCACAAA